AUGAAUGGUAUAGAAAGCGAAGACGCCCGGAACUCCACUUCUUCAGCCUCGACGCUUUCGCUCGUGCUAGAUCACGUCUCGGACAAAGCCGCCCUUCGCGCCAAGGAGGGUCUUUACGCUCACGGCCCACCACAAGAAGAGAUUGAUAUUGAAGAUCAAGUGGCCUGGAAGCGAUCAUUGAAACCCGUAGAUAAGAAGGCAAAGCGCGUCCUUUAUGUAGUGAUUGCUGUGGCCGCCGUUGGGUGGAUCGCAGCGUUUUUCCUUUUCCUCAGCCAGGACCGGCACGUCGCAUUCUCGGAGCGUCCACAUGACCCGCAUGCAACGCAGACGGUCGGCACAGGCAAGAAGGUGGAGUUAGAACAGGUCUUGACGGGGCAAUGGCGAGCGAGACAGCAUGGCAUACGUUGGAUCGCCGGCCCGAAUGGAGAGGAUGGCUUGUUGCUUGAGCAAGGGGGUGGUGAUGGUAGGGACUACCUUGUAGUGGAGGAUGUGAGGUAUCGCGGGCAGAACGUGGUCACGCAAAAAGCGCAUAGUACCACACUCAUGCGCGAUGGCAAUAUCCAAGCUGGCAACAUACAUGUUACCACAGAUGAGGCUUGGCCGUCGCCGGACCACAAGAAAGUGCUUGUGAACAGUGAGUUCAAAUCGAACUGGAGGCAUAGCGGUACUGCGCGGUAUUGGAUCUUCGAUGUUGGCACGCAGUUAGCGCAGCCUCUCGAUCCGAAUGUGGUCCAUGGCCGCAUUCAGAUUGCUUCGUGGUCACCAAACAGCGAUGCCAUUGCCUUUACGCGCGAUAACAAUAUGUACAUCCGCCAUCUGGACGCCGUCGAAGCUGUGUCAAUAACGAAUGAUGGCGGAAGCGACCUCUUUUACGGUGUGCCGGACUGGGUAUAUGAGGAAGAAGUGUUUGGCGGUGACUCUGCGACUUGGUGGUCCGGAGACGGCAGAUUCCUGGCUUUCCUCCGCACAGACGAGAGCAAGGUCCCGAACUUUCCGGUCAAUUACUACUUUCAGCGACCUUCUGGGAUGCCGCCGAAGGAUGGCGAGGAAAACUACCCGGAAACGCGGCAGAUCAAGUACCCAAAAGCUGGCGCGCCGAUGAGCGUAGUCACAAUGCAGUUCUACGACGUGCAGAAAGGCGAGGUCUUCAGCGUGCCAAUUGAGAACGACUUUCCAGACGACGAUCGAUUGAUCACGGAGGUUAUCUGGGCGGGCGGCACAGGCAAAGUGAUCGUGCGCUCGACUAACCGCGAAAGCGACAUUCUCAAGACGAUCGUCAUUGACGCUGUGGCCCGCACCGGCAAGACUGUACGUGAGCGAGAUGUGCUGAAUCUGGAUGGAGGCUGGUUUGAGGUUACGGAGACGACAGUCUUUGUGCCAGCCGACUCUGCCAAUGGACGUCCGCACGACGGGUAUAUCGACACGGUCAUCCAUGACAACUACGAUCAUCUCGCGUACUUUGCGCCCCUCGACAACCCGCAGCCGCAGAUGCUUACGGAAGGCGACUGGGAGGUGGUCAAGGCUCCCUCUUCCGUGGACCUGAAGAACAACCUCGUCUACUUCGUUGCCACCAAAGAGGGGAGCACGCAGCGCCAUGUCUACACAGUGAAUCUGCACGAUGGACCAAGCAGUAUUAGCCCCGUUACCAACACGAGCGAGAUAAGCUACUACGAGCCAUCAUUCUCAUCCGGAUCGCAAUUCAUGUUGCUCACGUAUCAGGGCCCGAACAUACCUUGGCAGAAAGUGUUAUCUACACCCUCGGCCACCGAAGCUGCUACAGACAUCUCGAUCGAGACAAAUAAAGGAUUGGAGGACCUCGCCAAGCAGACCGAACUACCCCUCAAAAUUUAUCAGACCAUCAACGUCGAUGGCUUCAACCUUAACCUCGUUGAGCGUCGGCCGCCACACUUCGACCCGAACAGGAAGUAUCCCGUCCUCUUUUUCCUCUACAACGGCCCAGUGUCGCAAUUCGUGGACCGCAAAUUCACCGUCGACUUCCAGUCGUUCAUCGCUUCCUCGCUCGGAUACAUAGUGGUUACGCUGGAUGCCCGUGGAACAGGUUUCAUGGGGCGCAAACAUCGCUGCAUUGUUCGAGGUAACCUCGGAUACUGGGAGGCCCACGACCAGAUUGCUGCCGCCAAGAUGUGGGCGCAGAAAGACUACGUAGAUGCCGAACGCAUAGCAAUUUGGGGCUGGAGUUAUGGCGCCUACAUGACCUUGAAAGUGCUGGAGACGGAUGCGGGCGAGACGUUCAAGUACGGUAUGGCCGUCGCGCCGGUGACGGAUUGGCGAUACUACGACUCGAUAUACGCCGAGCGGUAUAUGCACACGCCCCAGCAUAACCCAGUAGGAUACAAUAACGCUUCGAUCAUGGAUAUGACGGCAUUGUCCAAGACCGUACGGUUUGCCGUCAUGCAUGGCGCGAGUGACGAUAACGUACAUUUUCAAAACACGCUGAGCUUGCUCGAUAAGCUGAAUCUGGCAAAUGUGCGAAACUACGAUGUUCAUGUGUUUCCGGACAGCAAUCACAACAUCUUCUUUCACAAUGGCAAUCGCGUGGUAUAUGAGAUGCUGAGAGAUUGGCUGAUCAAUGCCUUCAAUGGCGAAUGGUUACGGACGGAGAACCCGAAGCCGAUAGUUCUGGAUACGAUCUGA